AUGCCUCCAAGAAAGCUUCCCAAAGGGUACGUCGAAGUUGAGGAGAGUCCAUUCCCAUCAUUAGUCCCACACAACCCGUAUUUGCCGCCCAUCCCGAUCAAAGCCUCAUUUGGCUAUGGCUCGCAAUUCGGGACAGUCAUGCCUCGGCGCUUACCUCCACCGCCGUUUCAAAAGAUCACCAACCUCAGACAAGUUGCCGAAUCCGUUAACCAUGCCCUGGAAAACAGUCAAUUGAGAGCUGCCGCUGAAAGGACCGCACAAAAUAAAUCCCAGAAGAUGCCACAAGAAAAGGCAAAGCCAACACCGAAAAAGCGACAGCCUGCUGAGCCUGCUCGUCGAAGAACGAAACGAGAGCCGACUCCAGAUGAAACUCAGCUGCACCGGACGUUGCGCGACGCGACUUUGUCACCUACCAAAGAGUACAAUAACCAAUCUGACUCAACACCUUCACCUCCGGUACAACGGACUGUCUCCACCGACUCAAGUCCUGGUGCUGAGCCUCCUCUUCCGCGCCGUUUAUCAGUCAUGUCUAGCUCUCCCCUUUACCCAUCACCUCUUCAACGCGGUGGACACGAUACACAUGAAACAAACAGUCCAGGUCGAUGGAGUCGCCAAAGCUCAGUGGAUAACGCGUCCAUGGUAUCCUGGAAUUUAGAGCGUGAUAUUCAUGAAGAUAACCUCCAAAGGACAAGACCAAGCACGCACGGCCGCAACAUCACAGCCCCGCCUCGACGCCCUUCCGGGCUAUCUAGUAUUCUUCCCAGUAUGAUCGAAGAAGAGGAAGAGGAAAGUCAAGAAAUGGAUGGAGAUAUUGCUGAGUCAGUCUCAGACCAUCCAAAUGAGCGUGAUUCCAACUUUGGUGCUGAGCCGAUGGGUGAACAACCAUCUCCUAUAGUUGGUUGGACCACCUCGGUGCGAACGAUCAUUCCUCAAAUUUUUCGCUCUGAAUCAAGUCCCGAGCCUCGUGGGUCAGCACCCCCCGAGACUCUACCUCGUGAAUGGCACUCUCCAGUCCGACCUGCAAUCCGUGGCGUAGGAACCCAUCCCGAGGGGUUGAAGAGAACGAACUGGGGCCGCAUAGCGGCCUUGCUACUAUUGCCCUUGGUUCUCGCUCUAAUCUUCCAAAUGGGUCUUUGGGAGAAACUUCAAAUUCCAGACUUCUCUGCCCCCAACCUAUUACCCCCCAAUACGACCGAUUCUGCCGCCAUGUACAAGCUCAAACAUCAGGUCUCUCAAAUGAACGAGCAGGUGUCCUCCCUAUCUCGUGACCUUGUGGCUGUUCGAUCACAGCAUGCUCAAGACUCAAACCCUACCGAGUAUGCAGGCCAACCAAACGGAUUUGAAAACCCAAUUCACAAAAUCAAUUUCUUCUCCCCGGCACUGGGCGCUAUCGUUGACCCGCAUCAAACUACGCCUACAACAAGUCGGUCAUACCCGUUCUAUCAGCGUCUUGCACUCACCAUGUUUGGGCUACGAUCGACUAUGAGCUCUUCGUUGCCCCCUGUCGCCGCUCUUCUUCCUUGGGAGGAAGUAGGAGAUUGCUGGUGCACCGCUCCACGCAACGGGGUGUCCCAAAUAUCAGUGCUCCUGGGUCGUGACAUCGUGCCAGAGGAGGUUGUUGUCGAGCAUGUGCCUUCUGGAUCCACGUUGGACCCAGGGGCGGCGCCUCGAGAAAUCGAGGUAUGGGCUCGAUACCGUAUCAAUCCUCUACCUUCCCAAGGCUCUUCAUCAUUCCUAUCUCGAUUGGCGCCUUGGAAAUCUUCGACUCCUCCCCGGCCAGUUGAGCCCAUCUCAUCGAGAAAAGAAGGUCUCGGAGGAUACACCAUCCCCGGCGAGGAUUCUCUUCACGAAGUCCUCAUGAACUCGUUGGGCGCGACAAAUCUUUAUGAUAAGGAGAGCGCUUACUCGGACGACCCACUUCUUGGUCCAAACUUCUACCGCGUUGGGAAGAUGGUAUAUGAUAUCAACAAAUGGAAUCAUGUCCAGCGCUUCCAUCUUAACACCAUUAUUGACGUCCCGACGAUUCGGGUAGACAAGGUGGCAUUCCGGGUGAAAUCGAACUGGGGCUCGAAUAACACGUGCAUCUAUCGGUUCAAAUUACACGGCCACGUCUGA